AUGGCGGCCCUCAGGUCCGUCCCGCUGGCGGCCCGCGGCCUCUCGAAGAGGUUUUAUUCUCUCAAAAGUUCACCGAAGACUGAUCCCUUUGCUGCAGCGGAACGGGCAAAAGUUCAGCUGCAUCCUCAGGAACUCGAGAUCACAAAACUACCAAAUGGCCUGGUGAUCGCUUCUCUGGAAAAUUACUCUCCUGCCUCAAAAAUUGGGGUUUUCAUCAAAGCCGGCAGCAGGUAUGAGACGACUGCCAAUUUGGGAAUAACACACCUGCUCCGUCUUGCCUCUAACCUGACCACAAAAGGAGCUUCGGCCUUCAGGAUAACUCGGGGCAUCGAAGCUGUUGGGGGCAGCCUCAGCGUGGCCUCUACCAGGGAGAACAUGGUCUAUUCCGUUGAAUGCCUGCGUGACUAUGUCGAUACCGUAAUGGAGUAUUUAAUAAACGUCACAACGGCGCCCGAAUUCAGGCGCUGGGAAGUGUCAGAGGUUCAGCCCCGGCUAAGGGUCGACAAGGCGAUUGCCUUUCAGAACCCCCAAGUUGGUGUUCUCGAGAACUUGCAUGCAGCGGCUUAUCGGAAUGCCCUUGCUAAUUCCUUGUACUGUCCCGACUACAUGGUUGGGAAAUUUACAUCAGAGCAGCUGCAUAACUUCGUACAGAACAACUUCACAAGUGCCAGGAUGGCUCUGGUCGGUCUAGGUGUCAGCCACUCGGAGCUCAAGCAAGUCGGGGAGCAGUUCCUCAACAUCCGAAGCGGGGCUGGCUCUGUCGGCGCGAAGGCGAGCUAUCGUGGAGGUGAAAUCCGGGAACAGAACGGCGACAGCCUAGUCCACGCUGUUGUAGUAGCCGAGGGAGCGGCCAGCGGAAGCAAAGAAGCAAACGCCUUCGGGGUCCUUCAGCACGUUCUUGGGGCAGGUCCUCUUGUGAAGAGAGGAAGCAGCCUUACCAGUAAGCUUAUCCAGGGAGCUGCAAAGGCAACAACUGAGCCAUUUGAUGCAUCAGCAUUCAAUGUUAACUACAGCGAUUCGGGACUGUUUGGCAUUUAUACCAUAGCCCAGCCAUCAGCUGCUGGAGAGGUGAUCAAGGCUUCUUUGAACCAAGUGAAGGCGAUUGUCCAGGGGGAACUCACCGAGGUAGAGGUCUCAAGAGCCAAAAACCAGCUGAAGGCGGCUCUCUUGAUGUCUGUCGAGUCUUCCGAUGGCUUGCUGGAGGAAAUUGGCUCUCAGGCCCUGGCAUCUGGGGCGUAUGCGUCGCCGGCUGCAGUGGUGGAAAAGAUCGACGCUGUGGCCAUUGCUGACGUUGUGAACGCCGCAAAGAAGUUUGUUAGUGGGAAGAAGUCGAUGGCGGCCAGCGGGGACUUGGCAAACGUCCCCUUUGUCGACGAGUUAUAG